ACCGGUUUAAUCUUACCUAUCCCGACAACACUUCUUACGUGACCCCAAAAAACGCAGAGAGCCAGCGUAAUCGCGACCGACCUCACUGACAGAGCGACCAAAACGCAGCGUUUUGACAGCAAUUGAGUGGGAUACCGAAUCACAAUAAUACAGAAAGACAUUAAAAGCAAUAAAGGAAUCGCGCGAUUGGGGCAGUUAGAGCGACGAACAAGUCGUGGUGAGAUUUUAGGAGAAGACGAAGAUGGAGAGUAUCUGGCGAAUCGCGACGGGCCAAGAUCCAAACCGUGAAGAUUACGAAGGGAUCGAGUUCUGGUCAAACCCUGAGCGUUCUGGUUGGCUCACAAAGCAAGGCGAUUACAUCAAAACCUGGCGUCGUCGUUGGUUCGUUCUCAAACGAGGGAAGCUUCUCUGGUUCAAAGAUCAAGCCGCUGCUGGAACUCGUGGAUCUACGCCGCGUGGUGUGAUCUCCGUUGGUGAUUGUCUCACCGUGAAAGGAGCUGAGGAUGUUGUGAAUAAGCCUUUUGCUUUUGAACUAUCUAGUGGUAGCUAUACCAUGUUCUUCAUUGCUGAUAACGAGAAGGAGAAAGAAGAGUGGAUUAAUUCGAUUGGAAGGUCGAUUGUGCAACACUCGAGGUCUGUGACGGAUUCUGAGAUUGAUGUUUCUUGUCAACAGAAGACGAGGCUGUGGAGGAAGAACCAAAGGUGUCUCUUGAUGAGGAAUGUAGAGCUCAUCUUCAUACCUACACCAACUGUUGGUCAUCGUGUUCCGUUUCUUGAAUUUGCUAGGCGUCUCAUUGACCAGGAUGAUAGAAUCCGUAUCACCAUCCUCUUGAUGAAGCAACAAGGUCAGUCUCAUCUAGAUUCCUAUGUGAAGACUAUUGCCUUGUCUCAUCCGUUUGUUAGAUUCAUUGAUGUCCCUGAGUUAGAGAAGAAACCAACACUUGGUACACAAUCAAACCAACAGUCUUUAUACGAUUUUAUGAGAAACAUGUUCCUGUUGUGCGAAAUAUAAUCAUGGGUAUCUUAGCUAUUGAGAAAUUCAUACAUGGCGUGAUAGGAACCAAGACUUAACCUUUUCUUAUCGGAUUCUCCAUAAACUGUAACCUUGAUUAUGCUACAAUCCUUUGAAUCUGCUUUGUCUGUAUUAUUUUUUUUCUUUUCUUUUCUCAUCAGCUUUGCUUCUAAUUAUGUCUGUAUUGGUUCCUUAUAUACCAAGCUGUGAGUUUCUUUGUUAGCCAAUGCUGUAUUUCUUCUGUUAUGGAUUUUGUUCAACAUUAUUUUCUUCAGGUCAAACUUACUCUGUUCUUGUUGAGACAAUUUUCUCACAAAUGUUAGCUCUAGUGUUCUUCCCUCUCAUAGCAUAAACGAAUUACAUUGUA